GACUGCUUCUGAAGUCAAGAGAACUGAAUACACCCAGGAUUCCUUCCUGGGAACUGGGUACUUGUCUUUGAAGAGUAGAGUGUCUUUGGAGAAGCUUGUGGCACCAGGAUUUGAGCAUGAGUCCCCAAGAAAAUCCUCAAGUCUGGGUGCCCAGCAGGAAGAAGGCUCAGCAUUUCCAAAAGAACAGGCCUGAGGACAGGAUGAUGGAAUGAUGGAUACAAGGACUCAGCUGCGCAGUCUCCAGCCGCGGUCCUGUGGAGAGCAUGGCGGCGUCUUCAAGUGGAGAGAAGGAGAAAGAGCGGCCGGGAGGCGGUUCUGGAGCGGCCGGCGGUAACAGCACGCGAGAGCGACUGCUGUCUGCGCUGGAAGAUCUGGAGGUCUUGUCGAGAGAACUUAUAGAAAUGUUAGCAAUUUCAAGAAACCAAAAGUUGUUGCCACCUGAUGAGGAAAACCAGGUCCUGGAGUUGUUAAUUCACAGAGAUGGGGAAUUUCAAGAACUGAUGAAAUUGGCACUCAAUCAGGGAAAAAUCCAUCAUGAAAUGCAAGUUUUAGAAAAGGAAGUGGAGAAGAGAGACAGUGAUAUUCAGCAACUACAGAAACAGCUCAAGGAAGCAGAACAAAUACUGGCAACAGCUGUUUACCAAGCAAAAGAAAAACUCAAAUCAAUAGAAAAAGCAAGAAAAGGUGCCAUCUCCUCUGAAGAAAUAAUUAAGUAUGCACAUAGGAUUAGUGCAAGUAAUGCUGUAUGUGCCCCACUGACCUGGGUUCCAGGGGACCCACGGAGGCCAUACCCAACUGAUUUGGAGAUGAGAAGUGGAUUAUUGGGUCAAAUGAACAAUCCUUCCACUAAUGGUGUAAAUGGUCAUUUACCAGGGGAUGCACUUGCAGCAGGCAGAUUGCCAGAUGUCCUUGCUCCACAAUAUCCAUGGCAGUCAAAUGACAUGUCAAUGAAUAUGUUACCACCAAAUCACAGUAAUGACUUUUUGUUGGAACCUCCGGGGCAUAAUAAAGAAAAUGAAGAUGAUGUAGAAGUUAUGUCAACAGACUCCUCUAGCAGCAGUAGUGACUCUGAUUAAACACACAAAAGACAAAAUUCAUACAGAAUUGAAUACUGUGGGGGCACUUGGGUGACUUGGUUCAGCGUUGGACUCUUGAUUUUGGCUCAGGUCACUAUUUCAGGGUUUUGAGAUCAGACCUGCUUCAGGUUUUGUGCUGGGCAUGGAGUCUGCUUAAGAUUCUCUCUCCCUCUGCCCCUCCUCCCACCUCUCUCCCUUUCUAGAAAACAAACAGAACAGAAUAGAUUACUAUGGAAUUCUGUUUCUUAAACAGUUGCAAGCCCGUAAUAAAUAGCUAGGUCAUACUGGCUAUAGUGGAAUUGUACAACCCAUAAAAAUCACUGGACUUUAAAGCCAAAAAUCAUAGUUUCAGUUCUAAACCACUAAGUAAAUAUUUAAAGAAUUUAAAUCAAAAUUUACUGUUGGGAAAAAAAAGUAGUGCCACUCUACCCCGUUAUAUUCCAGUUAUGUUGGACUUGAACAUAGUAGUUCUGGAAAUAAAAGUUGAGGGAAAUGACCCAUGUACAUACCACUAAUCAGCCCCAGGAAUUAUUUAGAAAAGCAUUCUAAAUAAGGGCAGUGAAUCACUGACUGUGUAUCUUAUCUUGAAAUAACAAAACCCUCAUUUGAAAGUGAAAGCUGGUAGCUUUUGUCACAACGGGAGAUUUUCUCAAUUUGUACUAUCUGUAAUUAUUGUGAUUUUUGUAAAUAAACUCACUUUUGUUUGUA